UAUUUCUCUAUAUAUAUUUGAGUGAUGUAAGUAAGUUUGCAAAGAGAGAGUAUCAUAAUUCAUAUCGGAGAACAAAAACCAAAGAGAAGCUACAAAAUUCUCUUCCUAAGUUAUUGAUCUUACCCGACUUUUCCUAAGCAGAGACCAAUGGAAACCAAGCCGUUCAUACUGUUCUUAUUCUUCUUCGUCAUCUUUCAACUUACAACUUCUAAUGGAUUAUUUGUUAAUCCAACACUGGUGAAGUCUGAUACCCAAGCUGUUUGCUUGACUGGGAAGCCAGCAUCCUAUUACUUUUUUCAAGGAUUUGGCAAUGGAAUUAACAAUUGGAUUGUAUAUCUUCCGGGAGGAGCAUGGUGCCAUACUGCUGAAUAUUGCAUCAAAUAUGCUAAUAAUAGAAAAAUUACCCAAGAUCCAAGACCAUUCGAUUUUGGUAAUAUUUUGGACAGUGACAAAGAAAAAAAUCCAGAUUUCUUUGACUGGAAUAAAGUUGUGAUCACUUACUGUGAUGGCUCAUCAUUCACAGGCGAUUCCCAAACAAUUUACAAUGGCACCAAUCUCUACUUCAGAGGUGCUAGAAUUUUCAAUGCUGUUAUGCAAGAGUUGAUUCAAAAGGGAAUGGGAAUGGCCCAAAAUGCACUUUUGUUUGGUAGUUCUGCGGGAGGGGUUGCGGCUACACUUCAUUGUGAUGGUUUUCACAAUUUGUUGCCUUAUGCUAUUCGAGUAAAAUGUUUGUCAGAUGCCGGAUAUUUCUUUCCGUCGAAAAGAUUCGAAGAUCAAAGGAACGAUUUUAUACCAACCUUUCAAGGAUUGAUAACGUUACAUGGAUCAGCUAAGUCCUUACCCAAAAUGUGCACAUCAAGACUAAGUUCGUAUAUGUGCUUCUUUGCUCAAAAUGUGCAGAAAGACAUCCAAACUCCUAUCUUUUUCUUGAUGUCUGCAUUCGAUAGUGUUCAGGUAUCAUGGACUUUUAAAAACAAUGAAGCAAUAAAAAAAUGCAUUAUGGAUCAAACCGGUUGUUCAAGUUGUUCAAGUGAGAUGUAUAAAGUCUUACAAGAUCUAAGACUGGAAUUUUUGAGUUUAUUACCAAAGCAUACAAAUUGUUCAUCAAAAGGGGUCUUGAUUACCUCCCCUAAGACCCAUGAGCAAGAGCGAAAUAGUCACUGGAAUUCAGACAUGGUCGUCGAGGGAAGUAAUGAGACAAUUGUAAAUCUAUUUAGAGAUUGGUACUUUGACAAGAGAGGCGUUUAUAUAAUAGAUAAAUAUCCAUACCCGUGCCUGAAUAAUUAUUCAACCGUACCAAAUAACAGUUUCACCUGAUUAAUUAGCAGUGCAUGGAAUGAUGUAUAGUAUAUGUGUGAUCAUGCACAGCAUCCGAUCCUAUCCUUCUAUGUACUUGUUGCAUUCUAAAGAAGUUUAUUAAUAAUACUAGUUUUU